UAGAGGACAGUAUAUUUUAGAGCUUUCGCAGAGGUCGACAACCUGCAUGAUUUUAGUCCGGUGAAGUGUGCUCUUUCUACCUGCUCGUUACGGUUAUUAUUUGAAAAAGAUAAAACGAUAUAAAUGGCUGCUCAUAAAUUAGUGCUGAUUCGCCACGGGGAGAGCUGCUGGAACCAGGAGAACCGCUUCUGCGGCUGGUUCGAUGCUGACCUUAGCGAGACUGGGAUUCAGGAGGCAAAGAAAGGCGGAGAGGCUUUAAAGGAUGCUGGCUUUGAGUUUGACAUUUGCUACACCUCUGUUCUGAAGAGAGCCAUCCGCACCUUAUGGCUUGUUUUGGAUGGCAUCGACCAGAUGUGGCUUCCUGUGCACAGGACAUGGCGUCUUAAUGAGCGCCAUUAUGGUGGUCUGACUGGUUUAAAUAAAGCCGAGACUGCUGCCAAGCAUGGUGAGGCACAGGUGAAGAUCUGGAGGCGCUCCUAUGAUAUCCCACCUCCUCCCAUGGAGGAAGACCAUGACUUCUACAGUAUUAUUAGCAAGGACCGGCGUUAUGCUGACCUGACUGAGGACCAGCUACCUUCUUGUGAGAGCCUGAAGGACACUAUUGCUCGUGCACUUCCAUUCUGGAAUGAAGAGAUUGUCCCUCAAAUCAAACAGGGCAAGAGGGUGCUGAUUGCUGCCCAUGGCAACAGCCUGAGGGGUAUUGUCAAGCACCUGGAAGGGAUGUCUGAAGAAGCCAUUAUGGAGCUGAACCUCCCUACAGGCAUUCCCAUACUUUAUGAGCUAGAUGAGAACCUGAAGCCCAUCAAGCCUAUGCAGUUCCUGGGGGACGAGGAGACUGUGCGAAAGGCCAUGGAGGCUGUAGCAGCACAGGGAAAGGCCAAAAAGUAGUUGGUUUUAAUAGACCGAUUGCUUAAAUGCACUGAAAAGCUCUAAAAGAAGCUACUAUUAAACUCAUAAAACCAUGAUUCAGUGCAUGUUUGGAGUCACAUUGGUAGUUAUGUACAUCUAACUGAAAUGUAGAUCUAAAAACAUCUAUUUAUUUAUUGACCAAAUGCCAUCACGGACCAAUUAGUCGACAACCUUCAACCAAAUGCUUUCAUUUUUUUGUUGUGGACCAGAAAACUGAGCUGUAGGCUGCAGAAAGAAGAGUUUACUGUAAGGGAUAAUCAGACUAUAUAUAGAUAAGGGAUUCUUUAACAUCAGAAUGUGGUUUAACACUUAAUAUGACGGUUGCUUCUAAAUUAGACUGAUGUCUUUGAAUGCUGAGCACUUUGAAAGGAAUGAAUACAAUGCACUUUUAUUCAAAGAUUUGUCAUGUUUCAGGUUGUGAAGAUUAAAAUAUAGUGAUUUCCUAAUAUAAUGGAUUGUUUUGCAGUGCUACACUGAGUAGAAGCCCAAUAAACGUGCAAUACACCUGUG